UGAUUCAUUGGUCGAUGGCACCAAGCUCGCCCCACCGAAGCUUUUCGACGUCACGGUGGAGUUUCCGAAGGCCGGCUCAGGCCGGGUGGGAGCUUCAAGGGGCAGAUAAACUCGCGUUACCCAAUUGACUCGCGUUGUGUCUUCUGUUACACAAUAAGGUACAUAGGCGCAGCAGUGGAAGGAGGACCACCUAGCAACAGGACUAUGGCUACCAAGCUGAACCCGUUCCGGUUCGUUAGAACGGUCUUGAACUCGUUCAUGGCCGAGUCUGGCCUGGAGCCUCGAAUCUUUGGAGCAAAGAGCCUGCGCAUCACAGAUGCCAAGGAGGGCGUGGUGAAGUUUGAGCUGAACAUCAACCAACACCACUUGAACCGGCUCAAGAUCCUGCAUGGGGGGACCAUUGCCGCGCUGGUCGACCUAGGCGGAUCGCUCGCCGUCGCCUCCAAGGGUCACUACUCGACCGGAGUGUCCACUGACCUGAACGUCACCUACCUCAAGAGUGGAGGUAAAAAGUGGGAAAAGCUUCGAGGGAUUGCGAUCUGCCAGAGGAUCGGCAAGACGCUCGCCUACACCACUGUGAGCUUUUGGGACGACAAGCGGAAAUUAGUGGCGAGGGGUAGCCAUACCAAGUCAGUCUGACAGGUCUAGAUGCAAGACGGGCGAGCGAGCCAGCCAGCGCUGACAUG